AUGACGAGUGUUUUGAGAAGUUUUUUACCUGGUUCAACUUCGACAACCAGAAGUAAUGAUUGUGAUGAUGGUUAUAGCGUGGAAUACUCCUUUGCCAUGGAGUACAGUGGUCCUCCAGUCAACCAUGAUAUUCCCCAGGUAUUGCCGAUCGAUGUUCGCCGGAUUCCGACCGCCGCCGUGGCUGCUAAGGUCUUAAAGAUUGGGGAUGAAAAUUCUAGCAGUUCCGGCACAUUAGGAUUUUCAGACGGGCAAGGUGAUUCGAAUCAGUUAUCAGGAAGCUCCGAUGUUGAGGAUACAGAUGACAACUGCAAGGCAAGAGUAGAUUACGAUUACGGUAAAUCAACAGCGGAUUUGCCGGAAAUUUCUUCAUCGGAAGAAGUCGGACUUAGAGAUUGCGAGGAUGAAGCUGAAGCUCCUGGCCCACAAAUUAGAUCACCGGUAGUGGAUUUUCAUGAAUUUACAACGAGUGAUGUAAAUUCUGAUGGAAGUGAUAACGAACCGCAGAUAGUCUUCCCGGAGAGGCCGGUGAUAUUGGAUGAGGUGAAAGGGUUGUGCCAUCGAUGUCAUAGGAAGAACCGAUUUGCGGACAAGGAAGCUUGCAUUGUCUGUCGAGCUAACUAUUGCAGUAAGUGUGUGAUCAGAGCAAUGGGAUCAAUGCCGGAGGGAAGAAAAUGUAUUACUUGCAUUGGUUAUCGGAUUGAUGAGUCGAGGCGAGGAUCAUUAGGAAAAACUUCUCGACUACUGAAGAGAAUCCUCGUUGACGAAGCCAUUAAGCACAUUAUGAAAUCCGAGCUUUCUUGUGAAGUAAAUCAGUUACCACCUCAUCUUGUAUGUGUAAAUGAAAAGCCUCUUACUAUUGAAGAGUUGGUUUCUUUGCAAAGCUGCCCGAAUCCACCAAAGAAGCUGCGACCGGGAAGGUUUUGGUACGACAAGGUAUCGGGAUUCUGGGGAAAGGAAGGAGAGAAACCGAGCCAGAUUAUCACCUCCCAACUUACGGUUGGUUAUCAAAUUAGGCAAAAUGCUAGCAAUGGAAACACGAAUGUAUUGAUAAAUAGUCGGGAGAUCACAAAACGAGAACGCCGAAUGUUGCAGAUUGCAGGAAUUCACUGCGAAGGAGACCCUCAUUUUUGGGUUACUGCAGAUGGAUCCUAUCAGCAUGAAGGUAUGAAUUACGUGAUGGGGAAAUUAUGGGAUAAGAAAAGAGUCAAGAUAGCAUGUAAAGCACUGUCUUUGCCGUUUCCUUCUGAUGUUUCUAAUCCUGGUGGCGAAGAAGUUGCCAACAAUACUGGUGAAGUUAACUUAAAGAACUUAGAUCGGAAACAAAUAGCUAAGUUUCUCCUAGUUGGAGGUGAUCAGUCGGGAACAAGUACCAUAUUUAAACAGGCAAAAAUUCUGUAUGGCGUACCUUUCUCAGAAGAUGAGCGUGAAAAUGUCAAAUUCAUGAUCCAAAGGAAUUUAUACAGUUACAUCGGUAUCAUCCUCGAGGGUCGUGAACAAUUCGAAGAAGAUUAUUCCAUUGAAAUGAGGAGACUACAACACAUUGAUCAACCUGGUCCUUCAGAGAUAUCUGAAGAGGUUGAUGAACAAAAUAUUUAUUCCAUUAGUCCGAGACUGAAAGCAUUCUCCGAUUGGCUUCUCCAAGUUAUGGUUUCGGGCAAUUUGGAGGCCGUUUUCCCAGCUGCUACUCGAGAGUACGCACCAUUAAUUGAGAAGUUAUGGAAGGACGAAGCCUUUCAAGCCACAUACAAAAGAAGAAAUGAACUGCAUAAGCUACCAAGAGUCGCAAAUUAUUUCUUAGAUCGGGCUGUUGAGAUUUCAAGAAUUAACUAUGAGCCUUCAGAAAUGGAUAUUUUGUAUGCUGAGGGCAUCGCUUUAUCCAAUGGGGUUGCAUCCAUGGAAUUUUCUUUUCCCAUUUUAUCUCAGGAUGCAUACAUGGAAUCUGAUAAUCAGAGUGAUCCCAUUUUAAGGAACCAACUCAUUAGAGUUCAUGAAAACAGCCUCGGAGGAAACUGCAGGUGGCUGGAGAUGUUUGAAGACGUCAACCUUGUUAUGUUUUGCAUUUCCUUGACCGAUUAUGGUGAAUUUUACGAAGACGCAACUGGAAUUUGCACAAACAAGAUGUUGGCGAGCAAGAAACUCUUUGAGAGAAUCGCCACCCAUCCAUCCUUCGCCCAGAAGAAUUUCAUUCUGAUACUCAACAAGUUCGACCUGUUGGAAGAAAAAAUCGAACAAGUUCCUCUAUCGCAAUGCGACUGGUUUCAGGAUUUUAGUCCCCUGAUCAGUCUUCAUCCACACAACACCACCACCCCACCUUUAGCUCAACGUGCUUUCCACUACAUUGCUGUGAAGUUCAAACGGCUUUUCACUUCCCUAACUGGGCGCAAAUUGUUUGUUGCACCGGUUACAGGACUGGAAGCUGAUAGCGUUAACCUCGCUCUUAGAUAUGGUCGGGAGGUUCUGAAGUGGGACGAGGAGAAACUUACCUUCAGUAUGAAUGAAGAUUCUGUCGAGAGCAUCGAGGCUAGCACAACAUAA